AUGGCAUCUGGGCACUCUGAUUUGCCGCUGCCGCUGCCUUUCGCUCAUCAGGCAGAUUUAGUGCGAGCACAUCAGAAAGAUGAGCAAUGCAAAGGUGAACUUCGACGUCUGGUCUUAGAUGCGGUCGAAGAAACGUUGGGCGGCAGAGCUGCGGCAUGGCAGCCGACAGCUGGAGCAAUAGCUGACUACGCCUACUCAAUGUUCACAGUCCUGGCCGGCAGCAUGUUGGGUGAAGAGUAUUGCGAGCUGCUUUCUGUCUCCCCCGGCCUACAGCCCUCGGACUG